UUUUCUCUGCAAAAACAAACAAUGGAAAACAAAAUUCACAGCUUACCACCACACAAAAGAUUCAAUCUUUUGCAUCAAGAUCCAACCCCUUCUUGCUUACCCGCCAAAAAACGAAAAGAAUCUCGAAACCCAUUAUCGAUUUCGACGAAUCUUGAUAGCUUGGCUUCCCUUGCUGCUACUUACUGCUUACCUGCCAAAAAAAGAAUAUGUGCCCUUCACCCAAAUCAUCUUCCUGACAAACCCUUUUCGCUGUUUGAUCUAAAUCUCGAAUAUGACCCGAAACGAGAAACGGGUCAAGAAACGGGCCAAGAAUCUGUUGAUGGUCAAGAAACUGAAAAAAAUCAGGAUGAUGAAGAAGAUGGGAUUUUGUGUGCAGUAUGUCAAAGUACAGAUGGGGAUGCAUUAGACCCAAUUGUGUUUUGUGAUGGAUGUAAUUUAAUGGUGCAUACUACUUGUUAUGGUGACCCAUUAACAAAAGGUGUUCCAGAAGGUGAUUGGUUCUGUUCGCAAUGUCGAAUAAUAACCGAUAAAACUAAAUCUUUAUCUUGUUGUUUAUGUCCUAAUAAUGGGGGUGCAUUGAAACCAACUAAAGAUGGUCGUUGGGCGCAUAUCGUGUGCGCGUUGUUCAUACCGGAGGUUUUUUUCACUGACCCGGAAGGUCGAGAAGGGAUAGAUUGUUCAAAAGUGUUGAAAAAGAGAUGGGCUAGAAAAUGUUAUGUUUGUAAGGAACCAAAAGGAUGUGUUAUAGAUUGUUCUGAACAAAAAUGUGGUUUGAGUUUUCAUGUGACUUGUGGGCUUGAGCAAAAUUUGUGUAUUGAGUAUAAAGAAGGCAGAAACAAAGGGACUAUUGUUGCUGGUUUUUGUAAAAAACACACUGAUUUGUGGGAAAAGCAACAAGCAACAGGGAAGUACAAGAUUGUAGCAAGAAAUGAAGAGGAGUAACAAGAGCUGUUGGUAGUUUUUACAGUUUUUUUUUUUGGUUUUUGAUAGUCAAGAGUAGAUCCUUUUAAGGUUAUGUAGUUUU